CCUUCGGGGGGCCGACCAACCAGACGGUCGAUGAUGUCAUCGGGGGAGGAGACCGAGUAUUUCGCCCCCUACGGAGCAAGUACGGAAAGCAAGCAACAGCGAUUCCAGAAGAAGCAGAAGCGCACCAGACAGCGCGUGGACGCCGGCGAGCCGCGCAACAACUACUCGAGUAUACCGCACUUCACCUCCCGGCCAUCCUUCCACGGCGGUGGACUCUACGGUUCGAUCUUCGGUAGCAGCGGGCCAACGCUACCGCAGCAACAGUCGCAACAACCGCUUCACCAGUCGCAGCAAGGUCAGCAGCCGCAACAGCAACAACAACAACAACAGCUUCAGCAGCAACAAGCUGGAGCGGCGAGCAGUCAAGGUCAUUUAGGUACAGCUACAACGGGUCCCAGCGCUCAGCAGCAUUCCGCCCACGCGACUUUCGGCUUCUUCGGGGCACCGGGUUACGGGCCCGCCAACAUGUUGAACGAGCUACUCGGACGACAGGUCAAACAGGCCAGUGACGCCGGUGGCUCACCGCCAGAGGGCGGUCACGGGAUGACGGGUGCCGGCAUGGACCCCGCGGCUAAUUUGCAAUCCGGUGCCGUGGUUAAUUGCGACGAUCCCGCUACCGCCGAACUCACCCAGCACAUGCUUCGCGACAUACUUCAAGGGCGCAAAAUCUCAGCGCUCUCCAUCCAAGAGCAACCGAACAACAACAAUAGCAUACAUAGUAACAAUAACAAUACAACAGCGGAUUUACUUAAGUCUCAGCAGCAGCACCGACAGAGUCCUCAGCAGCAUCAGCAACAGAACAGUGAUAGUGCACGCAGUGGAACAGUGCAAAGUGGUGGGGAAGAAAGUGGUGAUGGGAAUAACCUCGUGAACAACGCGAAUCACAGUGACCGUGAUAACGUGAUGCCCGGCGAUGCCGAGGAUAGCGCCGAGGACGCAGCCGCGGCCGCACGUGCUAUGGAAGAGGCGUUCGCCGAAGCUGGUAUGGACCCCGGGGCCAAUCUAGACGGAUCCGACUGCGAACAGAGUUUGCCGCCUAGUCCCACGCAGCCGAAGUCGGGGUCGGUCUCCGUCAAGGAGGAGAUACAGGACUCGUUGAACAGGACUCGUAGCCCGAGUCACUCCCCUUGCCCGAUCGUGCCCAAAACCGAGGCGAACUCACCGACCACGGAAACGAAGCGUGCUCGCGUCGAGAAUAUUGUUAGCACGAUGCGUAGCAGUCCGGCGCUUCAAACUGCCACGGUGAACGGUUGCAAGAAACGUAAAUUGUACCAGCCGCAGCAGCAGACGGUGAACCUCGUUCUCCAGCACGGUGCCAACGACACCACGAUGGACGACGAGGAGGAGAGCGAGGAAGAGGAGGACCCGUCGACGAUCAGGCAGAGACGGCUCUUCAACGAGAAGGAUAACCUUCAGAUUCAGUUGAAAAAUCUGCACGAACAAUUGGCCGUGAUGCAGCAGAAGUACAAUGAGCUUACGAGUAGAAUGGAUUCGGACGCGAGCGAGAGCAUCGGUGCGCCCCUGAGUCCUCAGCCACCGCUGAAACCACCGCGACCUCAUCCGCCACCGUACAACGGACUACCGUCCCUCCCGACCGAACACCCGCACGCCGCGGCAGCCGCGAUGUACCACAUGGGACACAAACUCUACCUCGAACAGCAACAAGCUGCCCUCGAGAGAAUGAAGCAGCACCAGGAGGCGGCCGUCAGGCAGCAGCAGCACCAGCAGCAGCAGCAACAUCAACGACCGAGUUCUCCGCCGCCACCUCCGAGUCAGCCGCAGCAGCAAAGUCAAAGCAAUACCGGGCCGUCCACGCCGCAGACGCCGCAGAUGCAGCCAGCGAGCACGCCCCUGCAGCACAAGGAAUUCCAGGAGAGGAUAAACGUUUUCAGAGGCGCGACGAGUGCGGCCAGCUCGUCGGGUCCCCAUAUCACCGACGAGGAUCUGCAAAGUCUCUCGGACACGCUCAAAGCGGAAAUCACGUCGUACUUGACGAAUCUCAUAGACAAGGUAGUGACGAGAUUCGUCCAGCAGAGGAGGUUUCUCGGUAAACAGAGCGAGGCCGCGCAAGUUGCGGCCGAGCAAUUGAACAAGGACCUCAUGUUGGCGAGUCAGAUACUCGAGAGAAAGUCGCCGAGGACGAAGGUGGUCGACAGAGGAGCGCCGCAACCACCCGGUGGCCCAAACGGGCCACGGGGGCCCCACAACGGCGGGCCCCCACCUCCGCAGCCUACGGGUUUCCAACAAUUCGGAUCAAUGGGUGGUGGUCCCCAUGGCCCUCAUUCUGGCCCCACGGAAAACAACCUUAACCAAAUGAACUUGUCGCACGUGGGGAGGGGUACGAUGUUUCAGACGCCGAAACCUCCCUCGAUAUACAGCAUGGCCUCGAUGCAGGCUCAACAGCAACAGCAGCAACAACAACACCAACAGCAACGUGAGCAUCAACAAAGAGAACAGCAGCAACGCGACCAAUACUGUAACCUAAGGGGCGAGGAAAGGGAGAGCAGGGAUUCGGAACAGAACGAAGCUCUCUCACUCGUCAUGACACCGAAAAAGAAACGUCAUAAGGUGACGGAUACGAGGAUUACGCCGAGAACGAUGUCGAGAAUCCUGGCGCAGAAGGGCAGCGGUCCGCAGGCAGGCAGCGAGAGUCCACCACCCCCGCCGCCGCCGAGAACGUACCACGCGCCACCACCGAUGCUGCCGGUGUCCCUGCCGACCAGCGUGGCGAUACCGAACCCGAGUCUGCACGAGAGCCAAGUGUUCUCGCCGUACUCGCCGUUCUUCAACCCGCACGCGAGUCACCCGGGCCAGGUACCACCCCCUGGGCCGCAUCACCUGCCCGCGAGUCCUCCGAGCGGGGGCGUAGAAGUCAGGGAUUCCCCUCCACUGUCCCACCCGCCGUCUAUAUUGCAUCCUGCCUUAUUGGCGGCAGCCCAGCAUGGCAGUCCGGACUACGGACAUCUCAGGAUGGACAGCAACGAUCGGCCCAACGACUGUAACUCCGGCGACAUCAGCUACGACGGGUUUCAGCCUAUAUCGUCGAUGUUAACACCGGUACAUCUGAAGAAGGCGAAGCUGAUGUUCUUCUGGGUGAGGUACCCGUCGUCGUCCAUCCUCAAGAUGUACUUCCCCGACGUCAAGUUCAAUAAGAACAACACAGCGCAGCUGGUCAAAUGGUUCUCCAACUUCCGGGAGUUUUACUACAUCCAAAUGGAGAAAUACGCGAGACAAGCUGUCACUGAAGGUGUGAAGAACGCCGAUGACCUACGAAUCUGCGGUGAUUCGGAAAUCUGUCGAGUUCUCAACCUCCACUACAACAGGAAUAACAAUAUCGAGGUGCCGAACAACUUCAGGUACGUCGUCGAGCAGACGCUGAGGGAGUUCUUCAAAGCGAUCCAAAGCGGCAAGGACACCGAGCAGAGCUGGAAGAAAUCUAUCUACAAGGUGAUCUCGAGGCUGGACGACCCGGUGCCGGAGUACUUCAAGACCCAGGAGUUUCAGCAGCAGCUCGGUUAAGUCAGGAGGUCGCGUGGCUCUUCGUGGUGGGCUCAUCAGCGCUCGUUGGCUCCCGGGUAACAUGAAGAAACAAGAGGGAAAGGCAAAAGAGAAACGAUGAAACACUGAUAGCGAAUGAAGGAACGGUCAGCGGAAGAAGGAUCGCAUCCGCCGAGGAGGUACACGUCCUUCGCGUAAAGCGCGUUCAGGUAUCCUUAAACUAACAUAUCGCAGAACGAGCGUGAGAGGGAGAGAGAGAAUGAAACUUGAUAGAGUUAGGGAGAUUAGACGAGGGGAAAAGCACAGCGCUCGGAAUAGAGGAGCGAACGAAACACGCGACACACGGAGGCAUCGAUCAUCGAGUCCAGAAACGAUGAGGAGUGCCGACGAAGGAUCAGGCUGUGACCUAAUCACGAGACGCAACCGUCCACGCGCGACAGACGGGUGGAUAACCGUUAUACACGCUUCGUGCCUUUUAAUUACCGGGUCGGAACGUUUUCGACCGGGACUUGUGAGUUACUAGCGAGGCCACGAACUGUCCACCCGGUCUUCGCCGUGGGCGACACCGAUAACGAAACGACGACGGUCUUCGAAGGAAGGAAGCGAGGAAGAACCAGGACGAAAGCGUGGUCAACGAACGGCAAGGAAUACAGGAAACAGCUUCGAGCGUCGAGCAAUUGUUUUGUCGAUUUGUUGCGUAAACACGGUUCACCGAUUUAAUCGCCUAAUUUUAAGACACUCGUUUCUCCGUAUGGACGGAUGAAACCGCGGCGACCACCGGCGCGGCUCUCGUUCGAACGAGCAUAGACGAGGUUCUACCGAUAAAUUAUGUUUGUCCUUGUACCUAGACAACGUCUCUAUCGACUGAUCAGGGAGCGAGAUCCGCUGGACGGAUCCUCCGCUAGCUUCCGGUUGAGAGGCAGGAGAGGAAUCCUUCUCGUGGAUCUUCCGGGAACGAUUCGGGACGGACGGCAUCUCGCCCUUCGUCUGGAGUCGUUCCGACCGUUACGAAAAUAACGAUGGCCAGUUUCAUUCGGCAUUCGUGAAGCCGCGUGAGUUCUGUUUAGAGCACUGAACCUCGCGGCUCGAUCGAACGCGACUCCGGCGUCCAGCGUCGUCUCGGUGGUAUUCGUUCCUAUCGCGCGAUCGCUACAACAACAUAGGGUUCCAAAAAAUAAUGGAAGAUAGAUAGAAGGAGAACUCGAUGAAUGAAUUUGAUUUGUUGUAUCUAACGUGAAUCCUAGAAUGGCGGUUCGUAUCGAGACUCAACGUUUUUUGUCUCGACUCUAGUUUCUGUAGCAGAAGUUAGAAACGACCUGCGUACGCGGGAUGACCCGCGUCGCGAGGUCCGCAUGCGAAAGUCCUUUCUCCUAAGUUGUACAGAAAUUUUAAUCUCACCACACACGAGAGACCGCAGCGAAUACGGUUCGGCUCGAUCGAACGGAAGUCCCAUCCCGCGGCGGACACUCUCACCGGUGUUCGUCGCUACGAUUCGAGCGGGAACCGUUAUCGCCGUGCGGAUCCAACGAUUCCUUAGCUUAGCAAAUUCUCUGCCGUUGUAUCUCGUCGGCCCGAAAUCCGUUCGGCCGACGGUAGAACAAAACGAAACGAUCGCGAACGAAUACGCAAUGGUGAAAACACAAGCUGCGUUGCGUUUUAAAUCUGAGAAACGGUGCACACGGAUCGUGAACGCUAUUACCGCGCGAAAAAAAAUAAUUACGUAGAGAUGUUUUUAUUAACGAUUAAUUGAUAGGAUAUUAAUGAAAAGAGAUAAAAAAAAAAACGAGGUUAGGCUAGUCGCAGUGACAGGAGUACGAGUAACAGGGACGACAACAGGGAGGGGCAAACGAACGCGUAAUAAAACGCGCACGAAUAAUAUUUUAAACAAUCCAGCACCGGCGAUUGUCUCCUUAUUAAAUAAAAACGCGUUAUUAUAGUAUUUUAGACUCGCGAAGUCGAAUUCGAUUCGUAAAAGAGAAGAGAACUAAUAAUUAUCACGUGUAAACAUUUUUUGGGACGGGAGGGACGGGAGGGGGGGAAUUAAUAAUUAUAUGUAUUCGUGAAAAGAGACUAACUAAAAAAAAAAAAAUGAUGGUAACAGAAAACGAUCGUACGCCGGUGUGUAACUAUAUAAAAUAGAUUAUAUUAAAAACGUAUAUAUAUAUACAUAUGUAUAAAUAUAUAUGAGAAAAAUUUAAGAU